CGACACCUUCACCCUCGCCUCCAACUUACAUGCGACGGCCUUAACGGUCUCCUCGUGUCGACGCAUCUCUCCCUGCGACAAGAAGAGCAGUAAGGACAUUCACUCCGCGAUUCGCGCAAAUAUGUCUGACGCCGACUUCUCCACCGCGCAGCGUCUCCAGCGGGAACGCAAAGACGCAAAGGCAGGAGGGAAGAAAUCAAGCUCCAUCCCUAACGGCUCAAGCAAGCAAUCCCUCACUGAGGCCUUUGAUAAGGAACUCUACGAUGGCAAUGGUGUCCAAAAGUUUGCUGGCUACAACACUUCGAUCGCAGUCAAUGACGAUGACGAAAUGGAUGAUGUUGGAGAGAUAAAUGGCAGACGUCUCGUCGGUCAGUACACUGCGACAAAGGCGCAGCUUAACGAGUUCGCCCAUGGCGACACCGAAGAGGCCGACAUCCUGACGAGUCGCGAGGAACAGGCCCAGAUCCGAUCUCGAGAGACUGAUUACCAAAAGCGGCGCUUCGAUCGCUUCAAUGGCAAACUCUCCCCGACCCGAGCAGACCCCUUCGCCAACGGGGAGGGCAUGUCCUACAAGGAGGUUAUGAAGGAGCGUGAACUCGAGCGGGAAGAAGCGCGUGUUAAACGCGUACUUGAAGAACGAGAAGCUAAGGGCGAGACUGGGGCCCUUGAAUACCAGGGUACUCUCAAGGACGAUGUGGCACACGGCGGCAAGACUCCUCCUGCGGAGAAGAAGCGCAAGCGCCGAUGGGAUGAUUCAACUGAGGACGAGAAACCCAAGGUUGAGGAGAAGAAGAGCACACCCGAAACGAAGAAGUCCCGGUGGGAAAAGGCAGAGGCAACCGCAGCAACAACAGCACCAGGCCCGGUGGGACGAUCGCGAUGGGACACGGCUACCGGCCCUGCUAACGCUCCACGAACAAAUGGCGCAGCUGCAGGAGCAACUCCCGCGCCUGCUGUAGGUCUUGCAACUCCAGCCCAUCCAUCUAUGGCUGCCCCAAUGACGUUCGCCUUUGGCACUGACAUCUCAUCUCGCAACAUGCCUCUCUCAGAUGAGAUGCUGAAUAUGAUUCUCCCCUCCGAAGGCUACAAGAUCCUGGACCCUCCACCAGGAUAUGAGCCAGUGCGUACAGCCGUCGGAAUUCCAGCACAGCUUCCAGCCGGAUACCAAGGCUUCGUCAUGCAAGAGACGGAAUCCGGAGGUCUGUUGGGCCAGCAGCUACCGACUGCCAUCCCUGGCGUAGGCGAACUGCAAUUCUUCAAGCAAGAGGAUAUGAAAUACUUCGGAAAGCUAGUCGAUGGCGCCGAUGAGAACGAGCUCAACAUGGAGGAACUGAAGGAGCGCAAGAUCAUGCGACUUCUUCUAAAGGUCAAAAAUGGAACGCCGCCGAUGAGGAAGACUGCCCUUCGCCAGCUUACUGAUGGCGCUCGUCAAUUUGGUGCUGGACCGUUGUUCAACCAGAUCUUACCUCUGUUGAUGGAGCGCACAUUGGAAGACCAGGAGCGACAUCUACUUGUCAAGGUUAUUGACAGAGUUCUGUACAAACUCGACGAUAUGGUUCGGCCCUUCGUCCACAAGCUCUUGGUUGUGAUUGAACCACUCCUCAUCGAUCAAGACUACUAUGCCCGUGUCGAAGGUCGUGAGAUUAUCUCCAACCUCAGCAAGGCUGCUGGUCUUGCAACUAUGAUCAGCACAAUGCGUCCCGACUUGGAUCAUCAAGAUGAAUAUGUUCGGAAUACAACCGCUCGAGCGUUUGCCGUCGUUGCAUCAGCACUUGGCAUCCCAGCCCUUCUUCCCUUCCUUCGAGCCGUCUGUAGGAGUAAGAAGUCAUGGCAUGCGCGACACACUGGUGUCAAGAUCGUUCAACAGAUCCCUAUUCUUAUGGGCUGUGCUAUCCUACCCCACUUGAGAGGGCUAGUCGAAGCUAUUGGAGACAACCUCAACGACGACCAGCCAAAAGUGCGGAUGGUCACUGCUUUGGCCCUAGCUGCUCUUGCCGAAGCCGCCACCCCCUACGGUAUCGAGAGUUUUGAUAACAUUCUAAACCCUCUUUGGACUGGAGCUCGACGGCAGCGUGGUAAGGCUCUUGCAACAUUCCUGAAAGCUGUCGGUUUUAUCAUCCCUCUCAUGGACGAAGAAUACUCCAACUACUAUACUGGCCAAAUCAUGGAGAUCGUUCUUCGCGAGUUCCAGUCACCCGAUGAGGAGAUGAAGAAGGUCGUUCUGAAGGUUGUUUCCCAAUGCGCUCGCACCUCCGGAGUUACCCCAACGUUCCUGAAGAACAAUGUCCUGAACGAAUUCUUCAAGAAUUUCUGGGUUCGCCGCAUGGCUAUGGACAAGCGGAACUACCGGCAGGUGGUUGAGACAACCGUCGAUCUAGCUCAGAAAGCUGGCGUAUCGGAGAUCGUGGGCCGCAUUGUUCUUAAUAUGAAGGAUGAGAGCGAAAACUACCGCAAGAUGACUGUCGAAACUAUUGACAAAAUCAUCAGUACUCUCGGUGCAGCUGACGUCGACGAUCGACUUCAAGACAACCUCGUUGAUGGUAUCCUUGUUGCUUUCCAAGACCAAAGCAUUGAGGAUCCAAUCGUGCUCGACGGCUUUGCCACAAUUAUCAAUGCUCUCGGUGCUGAACGGACAAAGCAAUACUUUCCCCAAAUUUGCCAUGUUAUCCUGGCUCGGCUCAACAACAAGUCAGCAACUGUCCGUCAGCAAGCUGCCGAUCUAAUCUCUCGCAUCACUUAUGUCAUGAACGCUUGUGGAGAUCACCAACUCAUGAACAAGCUUGGGGGAACGCUGUACGAAUUCUUGGGCGAAGAGUAUCCAGAGGUCCUAGGAUCGAUUCUUGGUGCUCUUCGUUCUAUCGUCGCUGUCGUCGGCCUUACCUCAAUGGAGCCCCCCAUUAGAGACCUCCUACCGCGCUUGACGCCGAUUUUGCGAAAUCGGCACGAAAAGGUGCAGGAAAAUACGAUUGAUCUUGUGGGUCGUGUUGCAGAUCGUGGCGCGGACCUUGUCCAACCUCGAGAGUGGAUGCGAAUUUGCUUCGAGCUCCUCGAUAUGCUCAAGGCGCACAAGAAGGGCAUCCGUCGUGCAGCCAACAACACUUUCGGUUACAUCGCCAAGGCUAUCGGACCUCAGGAUGUACUAGCUACUCUUCUCGGAAACCUACGCGUCCAAGAACGGCAGUCGCGCGUCUGCACUGCAGUCGCAAUUGGUAUCGUCGCGGAAACUUGUGCCCCUUUCACAGUGCUGCCAGCGCUCAUGAACGAGUAUCGUGUUCCGGAGCUCAAUGUACAGAAUGGCGUUCUGAAAGCCCUCUCCUUCAUGUUCGAAUAUAUUGGAGAAAUGGCUAAGGACUACGUCUACGCCAUUACGCCCCUCUUAGAGGAUGCACUCAUUGACCGGGACCAGGUUCACCGUCAGACAGCUGCCUCUGUCGUGAAGCACAUCGCUCUCGGUUGCGUUGGUCUUGACUGCGAGGACGCCAUGAUUCAUCUUCUCAAUCUACUUUGGCCCAACCUGUUCGAAACAAGCCCACACGUCAUUGACCGUAUUAUCGAAGCAAUUGACGCUAUCCGCAAUGCCGUCGGCACUCCACUUCUUAUGAAUUACCUCUUAGCUGGUCUCUUCCACCCAGCUCGCAAGGUUCGACAACCAUACUGGCGCCUCUACAAUGACGCGUAUGUCCAGUCUGCCGAUGCAAUGGUCCCAGCAUAUCCGAAUUUCGACGCUCCAGGCUUAGACAAGCAUGGAAACAAGGAACCAGAUCUGAGGAGGCAUGAAUUGGAGAUCUUCAUCUGAGCACAAGGAAAGCGGACACUUAUCCUUGUAAGUUGCAACGCUCUGCUUGAACACAUAAACUCUGCCCUACCCUAUGGGUUAUCCCUGAUCGUGAUGGUGAGCUCAGAAGGGGUGUUCAAUAGCGAGACGAGGAAGAGUGGAGAGGUGGGCUGGUGGACUUUUUAUCUAUACUAUCUGGGAUCAUAACAACCUGGAUGCUCUUUGGUCACUGAGAUUAUCGCUCAACCGCGAGAUUUUGACUUGAGGCUCUCUACCUCAGAAUGUACAUUAAUAUCUCUUGCAUUGGGAGGGGUGGUGGUGAAAGCUUCGGUGGCAUGGUAUAUUUGCCGGAUUUCCUGCUAAGUGGAGAUACUGG